AAAAGCGUAUGCACGUCUCUCGCUGUGGGCUCGUGAUCUGAAGCAGGAGCAGGAAGGGUGGAAGGAACAUGGAGUGGGCUCAACUUGUGCUGGUUUUGGUGGUUCUCCAAUCAAUCACCCUCACCUUGCUGCCACACGGAGCAGCUGCGGAAGAUCCGCUCUCCCCUUUCCUCGCACCUGCUUUCGAUUAUAUAUGCAAUAAGAGUGACUGUGGGAAGGGGACCUGCGAAGUAUCACCAGAACACGCCUUUGGAUAUGUAUGCAACUGCAAACCAGGGUGGACUCAGUUCCACAUCGGAGACCACUUCAGGUUCCUCCCUUGUGUCGUCCCCAACUGUAGCAUCAGCUACUCAUGCCACAAUGAUUCAAUGCCUCCUGCGCCGUCACCCUUGCCAAAUCCACUCAAUUUCUCUUUGUGGGAUCCUUGCUUGUAUUCCUUCUGUGGAGGUGGCACUUGUGUGAAAACAUCGACUUCCGAACAUCGUUGUGACUGCAAAGCGGGUUUCAAGAAUCUUCUGAACGAUAGCAGUUUGCCUUGCUACAGAGAUUGCUCGCUUGGAGCUGAUUGUGCAAACCUCGGGAUCACACUGUCGAAUUCCACUUCUCCGGCUUCACCGCCAAGUCUGUCCGACAAUGGCAGUUCAUCAGGCGGAGAUAUGUUAGCUCCCAAUACAUUGCUUUGGAUGGUUGUGCCGGUGAUUCCUGUCGCCAUGGCUUACACGAGAUUCGUAGAACUCGGAGUAUUGUGAUAGUGUUCUUCUGUCCACAUUCAGCAUAUAGAUACAGAUGGAGUAGCACCAUUAGAAUUCAUAGUGCUUGGUAUUUGUUCUGAGAUCUUAUGUAUAUAACAUCUUGAAUAAACAUUUGGUUUGCUCCUCUCGUGGGUUGAUAUACUUAGAAUAAAGCAGGCAGAUCUUCUUGUAGCUUUUCCA